ACCUCUAUCAAUUUCCUUAAUUUGCGCAUAACCUUAGUUUCUUACUAUCCUUGGCCUCCUCCCUUCCUUCGAAAGGAAAGCCAAGACAGGAAAAAAUAAAAAUAACUAAACAAAUGAAGUACCAAAGCUUAUUACAAAGCGUAGCCAGAUUUUUGGCAUCUAAGCCUAUCAAGAUAUUCACUCAACUACUAGUUUCAGUUUCUUUAUUUUCAUUCCUAUUUUCCUAUUCAUCGUCUUACUUCUCCUUCCUCACCCAUUCAUUAAAAUUCUCAUAUUCUGCAUUUCCUUUCCAACUUGUAAGCCAUGUCACGGACAAAAACUACGUGUUUUUGAUAUGCAAUGGAAUAUUCUUGGUGCUCCUUGCUAAGACUUCGAGCGAGGAGAAGGAGGAAGAAGAAGAAGAAGAAAAUGGAUUCUUGAACGAGUUGCAAUUAGAAGCCGAAACUCUAUGUAAUACAUCAAAUGAACACGUAAUACAUGAAGAUAAGAAAGUGAUGAUACAACUCAGUAAGUCUCUAAACGUUGAAAACUCAAAUUCGGCAGUACUCGUGGAAUAUAAUAAGAAAGAGGCAACAUCAAAGGAAGAAGGUGGUUUUGGAGACGAAGAAUGUUGUAGAACUUACAACAUAGUAGAGGCAGAUUAUAAUAAUUAUGAAGAAAAAAAUGAAAUGGAGUCUCAUGAGAAUGGAUUUUUAAUGGAAGACGUAGAAGUAGUAGAAGAAGAAGAAGAAAAUGAUGAGCCAUUGAGUAAGUUGAGCACGGAGGAACUGAACAAGAAAUUUGAAGAAUUCAUAAGAAGAAUGAAGGAAGAAAUUAGGAUUGAAGCUCGACAACAAUUAAUCCUCGUAAAGUAAUUAUUCACCUUCUAUAUGUUGAUAUAUAUCGGUUUUAAUGUACAUGUUGAGUUGUCUUGCUCAUGUCCUAUAUAAUUAGGUAGAGGUGUAAUUGUAUUAAUUAUAUGUAUGUUAAUGUAUAAAACUAUGUCUAUAGUUUAUGUAAUGGAAUUCUAGUUUCUUCCA